AUGAAGGGAAAAACGGAAAUGGUUGUUGGGAAUGUGCUCAAAGAGAUGCGUGAUAUGAGAUAUCGUGUUUUUUCACUUGAUACGAUAUAUUAUGAUCAGUUACAUGUGGUGAGAGAUGCGGAUGUGAUGCUUUUCAGAACAGAUGUGGAUGGGAUAGGAAUGAAGAGGGAGAAGGAAAAGGAGAAGGAGAAGGAGAAGGAGAAGGAGAAGGAGAAGGAGAAGGAGAAGGAGAAGGAGAAGGAGAAGGAGAAGGAGAAGGAGAGGGAGGUGGUGAAACAUGUUAGAUGUAUACGAAUACUUGGAGAGAGAAGAAAGAGAGAGAGAAAAUUUUUUCCAGGAGGUGGAGGAGGAGAUGAAAAAUGGUGGAAAUUGGGAUUGCGAACUCAGAGUGAGAGUCUGGAUGAUGAGGGAGGAUAUGAUGAAGAUGAGUAUGAUGGAGGGUAUGAUCUGGACGAUUGGGGAGGGGAAUUGCAGGAUUGGAAAGGGAAUUUCUCUGAUGAAUCUUCUGAUGAUUAUUCUGAUGAGGACAAUUCAACUGAUAAAUCGGAUAUAGAAACUUUUACUGGAGGCUCUAACGACCCGGAGCAGGCACAACCGAAAAGGUAUUGGGAAGUUGAACGUUGGGAAAAAUUGGUACGGCCGUUGUCGCUUAGGAUUCUUGUAAUUCAUUGA